CUAAGAUGGCGGACGAACUGUAUUUCUCCGCGUUUUCUAGAUAUUUUCCAUCUGUUCAGCACUGAAUAUUUGAACUUUUGUGCUAUGCUUCGAGUAAGCAGAUGCCUUAAACACGUAAUUAACACUAGCAAGUGUAUUUCGAAUGCAGAGCUUUUUACAAGAUGUAGUAAACGAGGUGGCCCCUUCGCAUGCACGUUGGGUCAUGGGCUAAAUUCUCCUGGCAAAUAUUGUUCGCCAACACGUCUAUUUCCGGCAUCUUUACAAUGUUCAAAGUUAUCACAAGACAGCCGAAUAACAAGAAUAAGAAAAACUCUACCUGAUGAAAUAUGGUCAAUUAUAAUUGUGGCACUGGGUGGUGUUCUUGUAUUUACUUAUACACAAUAUGAAAAAGUUCUGUAUGGUAAAAGGAGCCCCCCAAGCCUACAAAACAAGUUAAAGAUGGCAAAGAAAAAAACACUAGAUGGAGACAAAACACAAUCCAUCAUAUUGUUGAAGGAGGCUCUUGAUCUUAUACAUGAUUACCUAAAAGAGAUCAAGCAGGAUUCAGAUGAAGAACUUGAUUUGGAUGACAAGGAUACAAUUAAAGUGCAAAAGUACCUCGCUUAUGUACUGGAACAGUUGGCAAAUCUCACAUUUGAGCUUCAGAGAUGGAAUGAGGCAGAGAAUUAUUUCCGCCUACUACUGAGAGACCUUUUGUCACAGGAAACUCCAAAGGAUGAUGAUAGUGUCAUUGAAGUGUCUCUGAAGCUGGCUAUUGCAUGUGCUCAUCAAGACAAGCACGCUCUAGCCAUGCAAGGUUUCCAGUGGGCUACCAGCACAAUUCAAAAGAAAGUUGAUGAGUUACCAGCCGCAACAGAUAAUAGUAAAGCACUGUUAGGUGUGUGUCUAGAAGGUUGGGGCACAUAUCUACUGGCUCAGGAUAAGCCUGCACAGGCAGCCCAAUUGUUAUCAAGAGCCUUGAAUAUUUCCAAGGAGGUUCUGGGGGAGGACCAUGAACAGACAACGGUGAUCCUUAAUAACCUUGCAAAGGCCUACGCCGAAAGCGGCGACUACGAAUAUGCAGAAGAACUUGCCAGAGAAGCGAUACGAAUGGCCGAGAAGACACAAAGCACACAUCUCUCUCGGUUUAUGGCCAACCUGGGAACCAUCCUCAAUUUGGAAGGAAAUGUAUCGAAAGCUAAGGAGGCUCUGAAGACUGCUCUGAAACUGGCAAACGAAGCCAAGGACGAAGAAACUAAAGAAAUGAUUCACAACAGUUUGACUGAGAUGGACAGUAAUCCCUCGUAAGGAAUUACGAAUUGUGUCGAUUCUGUUGGAAAAGAAGAAUUUUAAAAACAAUUGGAAUGUUACAGUAAAAGAACGCCUUUUGACAGACUACAGCGCUGCUCAAGCAAUAGACCACAUUUUCUAUCGGUUUACCGUCGUAAUAAGGUCUGAAAAACCCCCCAGGAUGUUUAGAGAACACUAAAUAACGAGCCCAAGUGGGUUAUUACGCCGGUAAACCGAUAGAAAGUACAGUGUAUUAAAAUGAACUCGAAACAAAGCACAGUUUUCAGUUUUUAUGGGUUUACCAGUGCAAUAAACGAAAGGAGUUUGACCAACCA